GACGUAAUGCGGAACUUUGCGUUCAGAAUGAAACAUGGCUUCUGCUUUAAGGUCCGGUGUGAACUCUAAGUUAUGUUUCUUUGCACAUGUGGUGAUUUUUGCCUGGUACAUGUUUACUCUGUCUGCUAACACCUCUGUGGAGAGAUCAGGGAGACAUCCGGGAGCGCUCACUUACGGAGGACGGUGGAAAUAUUUAACCUUCAUCAACCUGGUGAUACAGACAGUGUUUUUUGGACUCUGUUUUGUAACUGAUGUACUCCACAUGGUCCUGCUGAGGGAAAGCAGCCUGUCCUCCUUCCUCGUCACAGUGCAGGAUUUCUUCUUCACCGUUCUGGCUUUCCCGCUCGGAGCCUUUGUCUUCUCUUCAUUCUGGUCCAUUUACUCCUACGACCGAGAGCUGGUCUUCCCCAAGGCGUUAGACGAAGUCAUUCCUACGUGGCUCAAUCACGCUCUGCACACUGUAAUCCUGCCGCUGCUCCUGGUGCAGAUGUGUCUUCAACGCCACAAACACCCGAGUCGAUGCAAAGGAAUCGUGACCCUGGCGUUCUUCGUGUCUCUCUACUUGGCCUGGGUGUUAUGGGUGCGUCAAGCAUCAGGGAUCUGGGUUUACCCCAUCAUGGCUCACCUCAGUCCUGCAGGCCUGGUGGUGUUCCUCAGCAUGGCGUCUCUCUGCAUGGCUCCUAUUUACCUGCUGGGAGAGAAACUCACCUGUGUGAUCUGGGGCCCUACAGAAAAUCAGAAAAAGAAGAAGAAAUGAAGACCCAAAGAAAUGUGAAUGGAACAUCUACAGACCACAGAAGGCCGAACCAGAUCCUUCACCAGCACCGAGAACGUUCAGCCGUUUCCGCAGAAGGGAUUUACAUUAAAUAGUAAAACUGUGUCCAAAACAUUCACACAGACGAUUCAUUAAGUGUAUUGUGUUUAUAGUGUUUAUGUCAAAGAAAAGGAUCAUUUGCACAUUUAUAUAAUUUUCAAAGCUGCUUUCACUAAACGUCUUUUUUCCUGAAUUCUGAUAUAAAAAAAUGUGUGCUGAAGGUUAAAGGUGCGGUCUCCGUAGUCUGAAAGCCAAUGUUGACAUAUAAAAUCACCAAAACAGACACGCCCCUAACCCAAACGGGUCCCACCCCUGUAUCGAUAGCUCCGCC